CACCCAAAGUGAUACCUCCUCCAUCGCCAAGUUCAUGAAAGUGUUUGAAUUGAAAACAACAACUCAGAAGUGUAUAACAAUGUUCAUGCACAAACCUCUAAUUAUACCCCUCUCCCUCUUCUACCAAACCACCCCCCUUCCAACCACCAAAUCGAUCCGUAAAACCAACCCCUUAAAAGGGGUGGCACCGCCGUGACGUCACGAACCCUGGGCACUCAGUCCGUGUGAACUUUGACCUCUGCUGAAAAGAACACCAAAACAACAACGAAGCUCCUCCCACGAGAGUCCGUCGGGGUUGGCGGAUGCGCGAUGACCCCCGGUGGCGGUUCGGCUCCUCAGGGAGGGAGAGAGAGCCCCGAGUGCACGCGGAGGGGCGCGAGGAGCGAGCUGGAUGCGGCAGGGAGAACGAGGGCCACCCGAGCUCGUCUGCGCUCAACAUGGCGGAGUUUCAAGUGCAGGCCAUGGCAGAUUCGGCGACUCCCGAGGACUUGCCACAGAGAGGAAGAGUGACUGAAGUAUGUCGAGAAUGGUUAAUGCACGAGGACUUUGCUCUAGCUCACAAGCUACAAAAUGAAGAAUAUCAGUCUCGUCUGGUCAGCAACCGUGAAAGAAACCAAAUCCUCCGUCAGGAUACUCCAAAGGCAAGACAGGAGCAGAAUAGAGAGGACCAAGAAGCAGCAAUGGCACAGAUGGCCUAUGAAAUGUAUCUCGCCCAGCAGGAGGCACGGGAUGCUGAGAUGGCUGCUAUGCUAUCACAGAAGCUUAAUGUUGACGAGAUGGAGGCAUUGCGGCAGCAAGAGGAAAAAGACAUGGUUUAUGCUCGCAACUUAAUGGAGCGGGAAAAGGAAUCAAUUCGACAAGAGAGAGAAUUGCGUCAAGUGGAAAGAGAGGCAGCUUACUUAGGCAUUAACUCAGGAAGCGAUAAUGUUGCCCUCUUGUCACGCAAAGAACCAAGAGAUCCUGAUUUAAAUGGCACAACCAGCAGUGAUAGGUCAGCACGCAGCAACAUCAGCGACUUAUCAGAUCUUAGUGACUUUUGUCGUCAACCAACAGAGGACAUGGAUGAAGAACAGAUCCGAGAACUCCAAGAGGAACAAGAUGCAGAGUUAGCCCGGCUACUUCAGGAUCAAGAUGGGAAGCGACGAGGUGACCUGCUCCACCAAGACCAACUUAUGGCUAUUGAAGCACAGGACAGAGAGUUGGCCAAAGUCCUCCAGGAACAAGAACGAGCCAAAGCUAAAAAAGCUCGUGAGAAGGCUCGGCAGAAGGCCCUUCAAAAGAAGCAAGCUCGAGCAUCACAGCUACUUGAAGGAGAUGUUCCAGCAGCCUCCAAGCAAACCCAGGCGGGAAACAGCAGAACCCCAGUUGACGCCAUAAGAGGCGACCCCCAGGCAGGACCUUCAGGUUACAGACUGCCAAGCCCACAGCAAGACACUGACUAUGGAAGCAGAAGUCCAACAUAUGCAUCCCCAGACUCACCCAGGGAAGAUCUCGAGAGCACCUGGCAGCCCCCACCCAGAGGGAGUCAGCUGCAGAGACCAAAUUCCCUGGACCUGCCAGGAUGCUCUCGUGUGUCACAGCCUCUGGUGCCUAUAGAGAGAACAACCAAGUAUGCCCAUCAGUUUCCUGUGGGAAAGACCAAUAAGCCAAGGUUACCAGACCCUGAUGCAAUAGAAGUUGUAGAAGAAAGCAGCAGUAGUAGUACUGAACACAACUUGAGCAUGGGAUUCACCAACAUUGCAUGCGCUAUUGACCCAACUUACCAGAGACGUGUCAGGCAGGGUGAGCUGGCCUCACCUCAGGCCACUCUGCAGUCAUCCUCAUCUUCUUCAACCACAAGUAGUGGCACAGGAUUCAUGGGACCAAGUAUCACUUCUCCAGUUUCUCCAUUACCACCUCCAGUGUUUGAUGAUGAUGAUGACUACCCAGUACCACCCUACAUGCCCAUCCAGGGCCAGAGACGCACUGCAAGUCUGGAGAAGAACAGACGACAAAAACCAUCCAAAGAAAAGAACAACAGUAAGGAUGGUUGCAAACAACAGUGAAGUACCAAUGUCUUGUAACCAAGUAAUAUUGAUUUAUAGACUAGGAACACUAAAAGAGAUUGACUCACAUGGUAACUUACUUCUCCAACUAUAUUAGGAGUGUGGCUAUACCUGUAUUGUAUUCUCUACACUUUACUCAAUUUACCUUGGUAAGGUUGGUACUGUAACUUUGCAACUGCAGAUAAUAGGUAUAUGGAUCAUUGGGCAUCUUGGCAAAUUGAGGCAACAAUAAUGGGUGUUUGCAUGAUGAGCGGCAAACCCAUGUGGGGACUGUGCAAUGGACUGUAAUAAGUUUUCCGAUAAAGCUCUUUAUUUGGAUGGAAUGUAACAGUAAUCAGCUUCUGUUAUGAUAAUGAUGAUGACAAUAGAAAUCAAAACAGUAUGUGCAAAUUCCAUAUUCAGUGUCUUGGUCAGUUGGAAGACCUAGCCUGUUGAUCCUGAGCAUCACUGAAACCAGUUUAAGGGGGAGACAAGUAGUAUAACAUGAUCAACUUGGUUAAUACCAAGUUGUGGUAGUAUUAGAAUGUAAACUCUCUGUAUGGGCACAUAACUCCAUGUGUUACUUCAUUGCAUGUUAAUACCAAAGUGUUCAUACCUGAUUCUUCAAGAUUAUAUUUUUGCAAGUUGUCACAUUCCAAGGAUGUCAUGCUUUUAUGAUCUUGUUUUACUCUGAAAUCAUUCCUAUGUGACAAGGGACCAGUGAUCAAAUUUUCCAUUUUGUCGUAGCUCGGUGGAAUCAGGUAUAUAAAGUGCUUUUAGUUUUUAUAUUUUUGAGACUUCCAAUGAAUGCCUUUAUAUUUUAAUGAGAUAUUUGUUGACCUGUGAUGUGUCUAAUGAAGAUUCUGUCCAUUUUCCUAUAUUAAAUCAAAUGUAUCAGAAUUGCUUUUACCAAUAUUAAUAACACAUAAUAGAAAUAUCAUCAUCUACAGACCUGAACAUUCAUAGAAAUCUGAAUUGCAUGAAUGUACACAUAUUCAUGUAUGUCAGAACUGACAUAAACAUACAUACGAACUUACAUGAAAAGUAACUUGUCCAAAAAAAAAAAAAAAAGACCUGGAAGAGGCAUAGCUAUAGAUAUUCAUUAACCCAUUGGUCAUGGAUUGAUGUACUGUCCACUGUAAUUUUUGUGAAAUUUGUUGCACCCAAAUGGCUCCUGAAGUGAUCUACCACCAAGGUGUCAGUUAGUAUGCUUUAGUUACGCUUGAUUUCCCUAUUCUGUAAAUUUAAUUUUUCUGAUGAUAAUAUUAUUAUAAUAUUAUUUUUGACAUUAUGAUUAUCAUAAUGUUAUUAAGAUACUAUUGAGAAUAAAAAAUACUAAAGAAUCUUUCCAAAAAUCACAGAAAAGGGUGAGAGAAACAGAACUAAUUUUUGAGUCCUUCAUGACUUUGUACUUAUGGAGCCAUCUAUGUGUGUAUACACUAUAUACAGAGAUACAGUGAACAAGGCAUGCAUAUCACACCAGCCACGACCUUUGGGUUAACAAGUAUUUUAUUCUUCAGCUCCCUUGUGUUGCUUUUCAUAUCAACAUGGAUCUUACUUGCACUUUUAUGCAUGUGACACUUUCAGAAGAUAUAUGUUAGUAUAAGGGAAUGAUAUUUUUCAUUACAAUUUUACACGAAUAUUACUCAUUAUAUUGUGCUUUUUCUUUUACUCAAUUGAUUUUAGGAGUAGGUUAAAGCUGAUAUCAAAGCCCCUAAGCUAUGUAGUAGAGAUUAUGUUGGUCAGCUAUUCAUUUUCAUCACAUUUACAUAAUCAUAUUGUUUGUGUCCACUCUUAGCUUUAUAGAAGAAAAUUAAGUAUAUGAUUAAAAUCUUAAGUAGGUUUUGUAAGCAGUAAAUGCCAGAAUAUAUACAGUUUGUAGUACAAUAUUUUUAUACUCCAGUGUGCACAAAAUAUUCAACCUGUAGAGGUUGAUAUGAUUUUUUAAAGCAGGCUUUAGUCAUCACAUAUAUGAAGCGUUUUGAUAAUUGUUUUCAUACUCAUUUUAUAAUAAAAAGAACACAUAAAGAGUCAUUUUUAGUAUUAACACAUGUAUUAUAUGUUCAUAUAUAUUCAUACUGUGCCUGCACUUGAAUACUGCUUUCCUAAUGAGACAUAUUUUCAGAAUAUCCUGUAUUUGGCACAGGAAUCUUCAUCUCAUUGCAAAGACUUAUGAAUACGUUAAUUAGUCUCGUUCACUGCCAAAGCUUUGCAAUGAGAGGAAAGAUGGAUCAUGGAAAGUAGACAGCAGGAAUUUGAAAUCCAUUUUUUUUUUUUUUUUUAGGAGGCAGCUAUUGAAGGACUUAAAGCAGGAGAUAUUUGCAAGGAGGAUGAGUCUUAGUCCUUGUCCUUCUUGGGAAGUAUCUCUAGCUUCAUGGUCUCUGCAAAUAAAUCUAGAAAUCCUUUCUUCUUUUUUCUAAUGAGAGUAGUCUUAAUUCAAAUCAUAGGAUAGAAAUGGACAAUUUAACAGACUCGGUUCCUAAGAGAAUCAUAUUCAGAUAUCUCACAGGUGUGUCAUUAUGAAACAAGUGACUGUCCUUGAGAUAUAUAAAUAUGAAUUUAUUGUUAUUUUCAAUUAUAAGCACAUUUGUAAACACAGCUAAGAUAGCCUAUUUGUAGACUGUUGAGGAUUGUGCCUUCUUAUUGUUUGUGGUCCAAAAUAGGUAGAACAUGAGACAGGCAAGUUCACUGAAUGCAAAUUCCUUUUUGAGGACAUCUGCCAUAAGUGUUUUAUGAUCCUUCCAUGUACUUAGAUACAGAUUUCAUGUCUAAUGAAACGUAAGAUUACUUGUAUGAAGAGAGGAGACUUCAGGGAAGAUUUUCUUUAUUAAUUUCAUUUAAAGAAUAUAUUUUUUUUUUUAUGUAUGAGCAUACAAAAUGUACUUACACAAACACAUAGAGCAGCAGUCAGUAUAUUUUUAAGUUAAGGAACUACAUGAAUAUUUAAUAUCAAAGGAGAUUUAUUAAACAUUGAGCAUUUUUACUGAGCUUAAAACAGAUAUUACCUCUUAUUUGAAAUGUCAGUAUAUGAAGAAAGAAUGUUUUUAGGUAUAAAGCAAAUAUUGGAUUUGUUAACUUUUUCUAUAUUUCUGGUCAUUUUAUAAUGAUUUAUUUUUCCAGAAGGAUUCUUUGCUGUUGGAAUUUAAUUGAUUUGAAAGAUUGAGAAGUUUUGUUCCUUUUAUGGCUUUUCUUUCUGGCUUUAAGGAUUAUUAUCAUUCAUGAAAUAUUCAUUUCUAACUUGAAAUUAGAGAUGUGGCUUGUAUCAGCAAAAUAAUCAAGAAGUUGUACUUACUUUCUUUUUCUUAUAAGCUUAUAAAAACUUUGACCAAAAGAAUUCUAAUUAAUUCCCAUAACUGAUAGGACUGGAUUCCUUGUGUUGGCUUUCUGAUCAAUGUAGACCAGUCUUUAAUUAUUUGUACCUUCUUAAAGGCUUCCAUUAGACUGAAUUGCCAGUAACAUAAAUGAACAAGAGAAAGAGCAUGUAAUUGUAUAUUAAAGGUGAUUUCUUAGUGAAUAGCCAACAGAAAGUAGUACUUUGUUACUUUCCAUAUAAUGGAAAACUAAUAUUCAAUUUGGCAUUCUUUUAGACUGUUUAUGGUCACCACACACUAUUAAUCCCAUCAGCAAUAACAAUAAUGUGACGACCAUGAUUACAGUCUUGUGUGUGAAGGAAAGCAGGUUUUUGAUGACCAGUCCUACAUUGUCAAGCUUUUUAUGUGUAUCAGAUAGCUUGACCAGCCCAUGUUCAGUAGUGUCAAUAGUUAAAUCAGUGCCUUCUGAUUCUCUAUUCAGUUAAUUGUAAGAUGUAUAUGUGAGAUAUAAUUUCAGAUAUACAUUUUUGCAUAUAUAAAAUCUCUAAUUAGGGAACAGGUUUCUAUACUGUUGCAAAAUUUUCUCAGGGCUAGUGAAUAUCAAAAUAAUAUUCAUGCAUGAAUACGCAUGUUGAUUCUGUGCAUGAUCCCUUCCUAAAACUUGUUUUUAUUGACAGAAUUUUAGCUAGCAGCCAGAAUGAACUAGUGCAUCAGUUUCCCUUGUGCAUAAUUAAGUGUAUAGUCCAUGUCAAACCUGGCAGAGAUGAAUGUCAGUUUGCCAACUUCAAUACUUUGUAAUCCUUCUGUAGCUUCCUAUUUAAUUACUGCAACUGUUUCAGUUAUUUGGCAGCCAAAAAAUAAAGGUAUUCAUAUUAU